AUGGCUAAUCCGGGGAAGGAGCAUUGGAAUGUUAUAAAGUGGAUUCUGCGUUACUUGUAUGGUACCCAAGAUAUAGGUUUACUAUUUCAGAAUGGUUUGAAAGGAAACAAAGUGGUUGGGUAUGUAGAUUCAGAUUUUGCAGGUGACCUUGACAAAAGAAAGUCUACUACAAUAUAUAUUUUCACUCUUGGUCAGGGUCCUAUUAGUUGGAGGUCUACAUUACAAGAUACAGUGGCUUUGUCUACUACAGAAGUAGAGUACAUGGCAGUAGUAGAGGCGGCCAAGGAAGUUAACCGACACUUAGGUCCUGAACCAGUUGGCGGAUUCUAUAUUGUGGUCUUGGCUGACUCCGAGCUUGGACUGGUCCUUGGAGACAUGGGUGAAGAAGUGGUCUGCAAGAAGUUCAAGGCUAUUGUCUCGGUUUUCCAAUUCUCUUUGGUCUCCCAAACAAAGCAUUUCUCAGGGAACCCUUUGUAUUCGAUCAAGGUGCAAUUUUGCGAUACUGAGACGCCCCACGACAUUUUGAUCAGAUGCAGUAGAGAAGACAAAGUGUUGAAGUAUCUGGUGCUAUCAGCCUGUAUCGAUAAGAGAAAGGUAAUUCAAGUGAAGAGGUUGCAAUGGAAUUUCAGAGGGAACCAGACCAUCUUUGUUGAUAGGUUGCUGGUUGAUAUGAUGUGGGAUGUUCAUGACUGGUUCUUCAAUCCAGACUUUGGAUAUGCUGUUUUCAUUUUUAGGACAAGAAGCGGGUUGGACAGCUGGUUGUGGUUGGAGGAGAAGACAACACAUAAGGACCAAGAGAGAGUUGAGUUUUUUUUGUUGAUCUGUGCUUGUAAGAGCCCAUAAAGAAAUUUCUUGUUUCCAUUCUUUUUUCAAUUUUAUUUUCUCUCACACUUUCAAUUCUCUUUCUUCUAGGGAGAG